GCUGUUGGACCAAUGACGGCCGACGCCAGCAACAUCAACUCCGCGGUUUCUGCUCAGCACGCCGACUAUCUAACCGCUGCACGCGGACGAACCUACAAGGCCCGAUCGCGCGGGUUACAGAGUUUCUGCCGAUUUUCAGUCGCAGAUCAGGAGUACGUGCUAAUGUGGUGAUAUUUUCUUGAUAUGUUUGCUGUCCUUCAAGCUCUUACUCCGAUCGAACAUUCGCGUUUGGGCAAUUUCUUGUGACGGUGUUGCGAUGGCCCUCUACGACGAGUCCGCCAGCGACUCGCAAUACGCCACGAGACCUGCAAGGCCAUAUGAAGGCGGGAUUGUAGGGCCACGGAGGCCAAGACCGGUCACCGAUUAUGGCUCAUCAAUGCUACAAUGGAUGCGCACGAGGCGCCCGCGAUACAAGGGAGCUCAUAGGAUGGAGGCCGAAAGGCCCAGCGCAAGCUACGUAGUGGAUAUGGUACCCCCCUUGGCUCGAAUCCACUCGCCUGCGGACACGAUCCCCGUUCGACAUCUACAUCAAUCAAUUGGAAAGUCAAAAAAGCCCAUUACUGUUGUGAGAUGGACACCGGAGGGUAGGCGGUUAUUGACAGGUGGACAUACUGGAGAAUUCAUGUUAUGGAACGGCACCGCGUUCAAUUUCGAAACCGUCAUGGAUGCACACUAUGACCAGUACCAAGCAGGUGUUACUUCAGCGGCAUGGUCUCAUAGUCAUGACUGGCUUAUUUCCGGAGGGCAGAAGGGUGAUGUGAAAUAUUGGCGUCCCAAUUUCAACAACGUUGAGACCGUGGAUGACGCCCACCAUGACGCCGUUCGUGACCUGUCAUGGAGUCCCAGCGAUACCAAGUUCCUCUCGGCUUCCGACGACACGACUUUGAAGAUCUUCGACUUUACGGCACGCAUGUGUGAUACUGUGCUCACCGGUCACAAUUGGGACGUCAAAUCUUGCGAUUGGCACCCGACAAAAGGUCUACUCGUCUCAGGAUCCAAAGAUCACCAGGUUAAAUUCUGGGAUCCUCGCACUGGACGAUGUUUAACAACACUACACAGUCACAAAAACACCGUGACUACAACGAGGUUUUCGAGAGUGAACAACAACCUCCUAGCUACGUCGUCGAGAGAUCAGACCGCGAGGAUAUUCGAUCUCAGGAUGAUGCGAGACAUCUGUAUCCUCAGAGGCCAUGAAAAGCCCAUUUCAUCGUUGACAUGGCACCCCGUCCACAGCUCUUUGGUAUCGACGGGGAGCGAAGAUGGCUCGCUAUACCACUAUCUUCUGGACGAACCAAAUGUACCAGCCGGACACGUCCCUACGCUUGCACCAUGGGACAGCCCCGAUCCGCAGAAUUGUCCAGCACAGGUUAUCUAUCCAGCUCAUCGUAUCCAAUACGCGCACGGUUCUACGAUCUGGUCAUUAGAUUGGCACCCUCUGGGUCAUAUCUUGGCCUCCGGUUCAAAAGAUAAUUUCACUCGAUUCUGGUCUCGAGCUAGACCAGGAGAGACAACAUACAUGAAGGAUAGAUUCCACAUCGGGGAGGAGGCGGCUGAGGCACAAGGCACCUGGAGCAGAGGGGUUGGAAGACGGCAAAUGCGUGAAGAAGAAGAGCAGGAGUUGCAGGACGAAGCGGAAGGUCUUGUCGACCAGAAGCCUGCAGCACCAUCUCUGCUACCUGGUAUACAAGGUGCCCCUCCCGGCCUUUCUUUCACAGACGGCUCUGGCGUACCGGGCUUAAUCCCAGGCAUUGGCGGAGCGCAGCCACCACCCCCGCCAUCGCAGGGCCUGCCUAUGUCCAUGCCUCAAAUGGACCCAUCUCAUCUGGCGUCGAUGCUGGCCAACGGCGUUCCACCACAGAACAAAGGUCAGAACCCGCAGAAUUUCGGUAUUCCCGGCUUUUCGAUGCCACCACAAUUUCCCCCCAUGCCAGCGAACCUCAACCUUGCCGAAUUGCAGAAACAACUUCUCUCUCAAGGUAUUCAAUUACCUCAGCAUUUCCCGCCUCCAAACCUUCCCCCCAACAACGGUGCCGCGGGACCUCCCAUGGCAGGAGGCAUUCCUGGUUUGCAAAGUGGCUUUGCCGACAACGGAUCUAACGAAGAUGCUUUCGGUAUUCGCAAGAGGGGUCCACUCCCUAGCCAGUAUGAUAGUCUGAAGGAGGAACAAAGGAGAGGAAACUGGCGUACUGCGAGAUAAUCUUUCUGGGCUUGUAAUAAAUGGGGGUUGUUGGGCGCACUGUGUCGAAGGUAUUAUGUCCAAAAUGCGGCGUUGGGUUCUCGUUUAU